AUGUCUGUUGACUCGAUAAAGUUGAAAGAAUUAGAGGAUUAUCGAACUUUGACUGAAUCGCUUCGUGAACAACUUGAACGUGUCCAUAAAGAAAAUUCAUUAUUGAUAGAUGAUAAUAAUCUUGUCCGUAGGAAAAUCACUUUUAUUAAACAAGAACUUACUAACAGUCAUAAUGAAUAUUCACGUCUUGAAAAUGAUCUUUAUCAGAGUACUCAGGAAACUGAACGUCUGAAAAAAGAAAAUGCGAUGUUUUUAAAAUAUAAACGUGAAAUUGAAAAGAAAUUACGUGAAGAGACGCAAAUUUAUGAAAAAGAAAGAUUGAUUUGGCAUGAACGUGAAUCAGAAUUACUUGAUCAAGCCAAAGCACUUCAAGAAACUAUAAAUGUUCUCGCUCAACAAAGCGAACAGUCAUCGCAAAAAAAAAGUGAUUCUUCUCCAAUCCCUUAUGAAACAUUAUCAGCUAGUCACUACUCUAAUGCUCGUGAACUUAAAAAUGCUCAAAGACAAAUCAAGGAAUUAGAGCACAAAAUUAGCGAAUUGGAUUCUGUUCUAGUCAAAACUAAACAAACUUCCACCGAAUCUAUUGAGCUUAAUAAAAAUCAUGUUCGUAGAAUUCAACAAUUGGAAAAUGAAAUCUCUCAAAUUAAAUAUAUGAAUAAUACCUUGAUGGAAGAUAAUGAAAGCUAUCAAUUAUUGUUACACGAGAAAACAAUCAAAGGUGAUUUCAUCAUGAACCCAAUCUUGCAGUUGGAGAAUUUUGAUUUUGACAAUAUGAAAUAUACCGAUAAAGCAGAAAAGGUGACCGACAAUAUAGCUAAAGAUGAUGAUAAAGAUUCUCAGAAAUCAAGAGAUUCUCCUAAAUCAGAAGAUUCUUCGGUUAAAAAUAAAUUAAUAAAUCAUACUGAUCUUUCUGCUGAAUUAGAACGUGCUAAGGCACUCACCGUGUCAUUACAAGAGUUUCAAGAUGAAAUCAAAACGCUUAGAGAUGCAAAUAAAUCAAUGCAACUCUACAUUCAAAAAAUUCUCAAUCGUAUUAUGGAAGCAAAAGGUUUCGAGGAAAUAUUAUCAUCAGAUUGGUCUGCUGGAUCAUUAGGCUUUGGUGGUGAUCAAGAUGAAAAAUACAAUAAUGAUGAUGGCAAGAGAACAGAAAGGCGUAAAAAUUUGUCCGGACUUCAUUUCCGUAGUAUUUCUCAACCACCUAAUAAAACUCACAAAAUUCAAAUUCUAACAGAAGAGCCAGAGUCUUUACCUGAUAAUUAUAAUAGUAAUCAUAAAGAAUUGAUUUUAACCAAGGGAUUAUCGGUGCCCAAACGAACUCAAAGAAGUAAAUCUAUCUCUGAUGCUAAACAUAACACUCUCAAUACUAGCAAUAACAGUAAACGAUUUAGUUUCUUGGAAUGGGUUGGAGGCAAUAAAGAAACUAGUAAAAAAGAUGAUCCUUACAUGAGACAAUUAACGCUUUUAAAAGAAAAAAAUUAA